GCAUGUUCCCCUGCUCCUCCCGUCCGUCCAUCCCGCCUCGCCCACCUCCCAGGUCGCAACUUCGCACCAACAUCACUGCUUCUCCUCGUCACUCAGCUCAAUCACACUUUUGCCCCACCUGACUGAAGUCGGCCCACCAGUGGCCUCGUCACAACCGGCGGCACCGGAUUCGUCCGAAGUUGGGUCCCAGCAUAAGAACGCCUCUUUUCCCGGUUCCUGGCAUUGGGAGUUCAUCGAGCUUUGUGCUGCUCUUCUAUCACCUGACCAGGGAGCGUUCUAGCAAAUCUACCCGUGCGUUCCAGAGUACUGCUACUACUUGUACUCGUCCUACAACGAGUCGACAUGUCGACUACCACUACCUCAUCCACGGCCAACGGGUUGAGGCCCAUCGACGUGCGCGGGAAGGAAGUGUGCGAGAACGACACGGCGCCGCCGAUCAAGGCGUCGACCAUGGCGGAGCUGCACCGCCUGCAGAAGAAGAAGUCCAACCCCACCUCGCCCAAGGGCGGCGCCAUUGGCGGCGCCGCCGAGCAGAACGGCGAGAAGUUCCAGCAGCACCUGGAGUCCAUCAGUGCGUCCCUGGCGUCUCACGUGCGGGAGCUGGGGCCCAAUAUCGUGACGAGCAAGUGCAAGCCGGCGUCGCAGGGCCACCGGGGGGUGGCGGCGCCAUCGCAGCCGAGCGUGAGCGACAGCUCCCUCAAGCUCACGCAUGUGCUCUACAACCUCUCGCCCGCUGAGCUCUACGAGCAGGCGAUUAAGUACGAGAAGGGGUCGUACAUCACGUCGUCUGGCGCACUGGCUACGCUUUCGGGAGCCAAGACCGGGCGAUCGCCCAAGGACAAGCGCGUCGUGAAAGAGGAGACGUCCAGCAACGACCUGUGGUGGGGCGAGGGGUCGCCCAACAUCGAGAUGGACGAGGAGACGUUCCUUGUGAACCGCGAGAGGGCUGUUGACUACCUCAACUCGCUCGACAAGGUGUUCGUGAACGACCAGUUCCUCAACUGGGACACGGAGCACCGGCUCAAAGUGCGCAUCGUGUCCGCACGCGCGUACCACGCGCUCUUCAUGCACAACAUGUGCAUCCGGCCGACGGCAGAGGAGCUGGAGAGCUUUGGCAAGCCGGACUUCACCAUCUACAACGCGGGGCAGUUCCCCUGCAACCGCUUCACGCACUACAUGACGUCGUCCACCAGCAUCGACCUGAACCUGGCGCGGAAGGAGAUGGUCAUCCUGGGCACGCAGUACGCGGGCGAGAUGAAGAAGGGGCUCUUCUCCGUCAUGCACUACCUCAUGCCCAAGCGCGGCGUGCUGUCGCUGCACUCCGGGUGUAACAUGGGCAAGAGCGGCGACGUGGCGCUCUUCUUUGGGCUGUCGGGCACGGGCAAGACGACGCUGUCGACGGACGAGAACCGGGACCUGAUUGGCGACGACGAGCACUGCUGGACGGACAACGGCGUGUCCAACAUCGAGGGGGGGUGCUACGCCAAGUGCAUCGGGCUGUCAGGGGACAGCGAGCCCGAGAUCUUCAACGCCAUCAAGUUCGGCACAGUGCUGGAGAACGUGGUUUUCGACGAGCACACGCGCGAGGUGGACUACGACGACAAGUCCGUCACGGAGAACACGCGCGCGUCGUACCCCAUCGAGUUCAUCCCCAAUGCGCGCAUCCCGUGCGUCGGCCCGCACCCCAAGAAUGUCAUCCUGCUCGCGUGCGACGCCUUCGGCGUGCUGCCACCCGUCAGCCGCCUCUCGCUGCCGCAGACCAUGUACCACUUCAUCAGCGGCUACACCGCGCUGGUGGCGGGCACGGAGGACGGCGUGCGGGAGCCGCGCGCGACGUUUUCGGCGUGCUUCGGCGCGGCGUUCAUCAUGUGGCACCCCACCAAGUACGCCGCCAUGCUGGCCGAGCGCAUGCAGCGCCACGGCGCCACGGCGUGGCUGGUGAACACGGGGUGGUCGGGCGGCAGCUACGGCGUGGGGCAGCGCAUGAAGCUGAAGCACACGCGCGCCAUCGUGAACGCCAUCCACGAUGGGUCGCUGCUGGCCGCGAACUACUCCGCCACGCCCAUCUUCGGCCUGCAGGUUCCCGAUGCUGUCAACGGCGUGCCGUCCGAGGUCCUCAUGCCGCAGAACAUGUGGGAGGACAAGGCGGGGUACGAGGCGACGCUGGUGAAGCUGGCGCGGCUGUUCCAAGACAACUUCAAGAAGUUUGCCGAGUACGACGGCAACGGCAGCGAUGGCAAGCUCGCCGCGGAUAUUCUCGCUGCGGGACCGCAGCUCUAGGGAUGAGCCUUAGGGGUGAAAUCAGGGGAGGAGGGGUGAGGGUGUACAGAAGGGUGGUGCAUGGUUCCUGUACGAUAAAUGAGAGGCUUCUGCAGGUGUAUUUAGUGUGAUUUUGUGCGAGAUACCGCGUCAUUUUUGUUCUCUCUUCAAUGGUUGCAAUUUCCAUGAAGUAUCGCACCUGUUCAUCCACGCUUGAUUCCUAUAAACACGAAGUACCGAG